UGUCGACGUUUUGACUUGUUUCGUGUGUGCGGAUUGUGUGAAUAAAAAUACAUAAUAAAAAAUCUAACUGUCUACCUACAAUGAGAAAUUAACUCAUUCCAAUAAACUGAAAAAAAAAAAAUCAUCUUUAAAUAUAUAUACAUAGCAUGCCAACAUAAAAAUUAGUCCCUUUCAUUAAUUUAAUUAUGCAAACACAAUUAUUAAGUGAAACAGUGUUAUUUAACGUGGAAAUAACUUAAACUGAUCACCUAAUAGCCCCUCGGUAUUCGAAUGCUAAUUAUGUGUAUGAAAUGUUUGUCUCUGAAUUCCUUGUUUCAAUGUGUGCACAAAAUUUGUUGCGUAAAAGCAGUAUCCCAAAAGAAAAGCGCACCACUGGAUAAAUUUGUUAGCACAUAAUGUAAAGAAAAAAAAAUUAGCAAUAGAAAAAUUACUGAAUGAAUAUACGCAACGGAAGUGAAAAUCUUAAGUUAUCAUAGUGCGUCAAUGGUGAUACCAAUUACAAAUUGAAUACAAUAUAGUAAUCAAAUUAUAAAAAAUACACAAUGUUAUUCCGAUUACUACCCGCAAAACGGAGAGACAGCAAGACUGAAAAUUCAUUCACGAGAGGAUGCGGAGAAGACGCCAACAGCAAAUGGCGACUUUGGAGCCCGCUCCGUGCGUUUAGUUGGCAACAAUAUCGAAGAACUUGUCUUACGAAUUGUCGUGUUGUGGCUAAUGGAUAUUUUUUGCUCCUGCUUUUCGCGAUCUUUUGCACACCUGGUUUACUCGCCCAACAGCAAAAGUUUCGUGUGACUCCAUAUGACCUUCAAGUGCUCGAAGGUGCAGAAGCUAUGAUGCGCUGUGAAGUAUCUAAUCAAGCGGGGGCAGUGCAGUGGACGAAAGAUGGAUUUGCUCUCGGCUUUUCAGCCGUUAUUCCUGGAUUUCCCCGGUAUUCGGUUUUAGGCGACCGAAAACAAGGUGUAUAUAAUUUACGAAUAUCUAAUGCUUCAAUCACUGACGAUGCAGAAUAUCAGUGUCAAGUUGGACCUGCACGACUUAACUCAGCCAUACGAGCAAACGCAAAGUUAACAGUGAUUUCUCCACCUGGGUUCAUUGAAAUACAAGGAUAUGCGCACAAUUCCAAAGUAGAAGUGAGAGAAAAUCAGGAUUUAUCGUUGAAUUGUAUUUUGGCAAAUGCAAAACCUGCUGCUCAAAUUAUUUGGUAUCGUGGUAACGUGGAAUUCAAACAAGGACACCGUGUGGAUAAAGUUGAAGAGACAUCGUCAAAGCGAUUUACUACGAAGUCCACUCUGAAUAUAAAGCCGAAUUCUGAAGAUGACUAUACGGAAUACACAUGCCAAGCAAAACACAAAGCGUUGCCCCCAGAUAUGCCGAUGCGUUCAACUGUCCAGCUGUCAGUUCUUUAUCCUCCCGGACCACCUUACGUUGAGGGUUAUACACAAGGUGAAAUUUUGCGAAGAGGCCAAACGGUAGAACUUAUAUGUCGGAGCAGAGGAGGAAAUCCACCGGCGCAGUUGAUUUGGUACAAAAAUGGUUCCCAAAUACGAAUGGCAUAUAGAACCGCCGGGCGUCUUUCAGAAAAUAUUUAUACUUUUACUGCAGAAGCAACAGAUAACAAUGCACGUUUCCGUUGUGAAGCUAGCAAUGUGAUGUCACAAACUCCCCUUAAAACAGAAAUUGAUAUAACAGUACUAUUUGCCCCAACACAUGUCUCCAUCUCGGGGCCAACUGAGGCACGUGUCGGCGACGUGGUACCCUUAACGUGUUCUACUGCUCCAUCUAAUCCUCCAGCGGAAAUUAAAUGGAUGGUUGGUGGCCGUCAAAUCCGGAAUGCGACAUCAAAGACAAACGUCAGUCCAGAAGGUGGAUGGAUUACUGUAUCUAACUUAACCACCACGGUUGAGCCCAAUAAAAAAUCGUUGGUUGUAAUUUGUCACGGUCUGAAUAUGCAGCUAACAGAGAAUGUAGUCUCAACACAUACAGUAAAUAUUUUAUAUCCACCGUCUCCCCCAAUAAUUUCGGGAUAUAUGGAAGGACAAAUUAUACCAGCUGGUUCAGUUCAAAAACUCUUAUGUGUGUCAUCGGGCGGAAAUCCACUUGCCACUCUUACGUGGUAUAAAAACGAUAAACGGGUAAAUGCAGUGAUACGUACCGCCGAUAAGUCGGUUUCUGCCGAAAUAACUAUUCUGGCGAACGUAACCGAUAACCAAGCUCAAUAUCGCUGCGAAGCUUCUAAUAGCGCAACCGAAAUUCCACUCUUUGAGAGCGCUAUUCUCAGUGUCCAUUUAUAA